GGCCCAAAUUCGCCACAGCGCGUAGUUUCAAAUCUACGCGGUUAUCUAACGCAUCGAUUCAGUAAUAUCACACCGAGCGAUACAGGUUGUCCAGACGGUUGCCACCGAUCCUACUACUAAUAUGUAAAAAGCCAAACAAGAAGCAAGCAUUCGGACGCUGAAGAAAGCUAAAAAAAAGGCUAAGAGUGGGUUGAGGAAAUCUAAAGUACGCCAGCCACAAGCCGAGUACACAAAAGUUUUGCCGUAAGGACAGCAAACGAACAAACAAAUACACAUACACAAAUACCAAUGCCAGAACAAGGGAAGCAAACACAAUGUGCCUGUUAGUAACAACAAGAAAAUCAACAAAAACAAGCAACACAGCAAAAAAAAACGCCGCUAAUACCACAAGGAGCAAUGCGAAGGACGAAGGAAGUAUUCGUUGAAACUAAUGCAAAAGUUCUUGCAUUCGAAACAAACUAGUAGGUACAGACAGUAGUUGGAAAGUAAAACCACGAAAGCUACAAAGCACCGAAAAGGUGAAAUACAACAAAAAUGGUAAUGGUAAUAGAAAUUCCGAAAGUAACUGAAAGCGCUCGGACUAAUUAUCAACACGCAGCAGCAACAAAGUACAGCAUUGUCUAUAAAAGAGGAUAGUAAAAGCGGAAAGCAAGCGAACAAGCAUAAAAGGACCUAACAGUACGUCCUUUGGAAGUAAAGUGAGCGACUAGCAAAAAUACCAUACAAGUACAAAAAAGCAACAAGAAAGUAAAUAGAAUAUCAACGCGGCUAACAAAUCAAUUCACAUCAAAAUGGCAGGCUCCUUUCAGAUACCUCUAAUCAAUCUGGAACUGCGUGAAAUCAAGGAUAUCGUAUGGGAGAAAAUACAAGAGCCGGUGAACCAGCGCCGUCUCAUCUUGGUAAUAGUAUCGAUAGCGCUGUUGCUGGACAAUAUGUUGUAUAUGGUGAUCGUGCCGAUCAUACCCGAUUACUUGCGUGAAAUCGGCAGCUUUGAAGUGGGCACACCAAUGCCGCCGCUACUGCGCGAUAACCGCACCGGCGAAAUAAUACCCGUGCACCACGACCAUCACGGUCAGGACUCAGCCACCGGCAUACUCUUCGCUUCGAAAGCCAUUGUCCAACUGAUGGUUAAUCCAUUCUCUGGUGGUCUUAUCGAUCGCAUCGGCUACGAUUUACCCAUGAUGAUCGGUCUAACAAUUAUGUUCUUCUCAACAGCGAUGUUCGCUUGCGGUCGCAGCUAUAGUCUACUAUUCUUCGCGCGUUCACUGCAAGGUGCAGGCUCCGCUUUUGCAGACACAUCAGGCUUGGCCAUGAUCGCUGACCGUUUCACCGAAGAAAAUGAACGCUCACAAGCGCUGGGUAUUGCAUUGGCCUUCAUUAGUUUUGGUUGUUUGGUGGCGCCGCCAUUUGGUGGUGCGCUUUAUCAAUUUGCCGGCAAGGAGGUGCCAUUCCUCAUCUUGGCGCUGGUGUGCCUACUGGAUGGUCUUAUGCUUUUGCUGGUAAUGAAGCCGGUCAAAGAGCAACUGCGCCAAAGCAAAGAGGUGCAACAGCAAUCGAUACCUAUUUGGCGCCUACUCAUGGAUCCCUACAUUGCAGUGUGUGCCGGCGCUUUGACUAUGUCGAAUGUGGCGUUAGCCUUCUUAGAGCCCACCAUAUCACUGUGGAUGGAGGAUAAUCUAACAACAGAGAAUUGGAAAAUCGGUAUGGUGUGGCUGCCCGCCUUCUUUCCACACGUACUAGGCGUGGUCAUCACUGUCAAAAUGGCGAAAAAAUAUCCACAUCAUCAAUGGCUCAUGGCUGCCGUAGGCUUGGCGCUCGAAGGUUUCUCCUGCUUCAUCAUACCAUUCUCCAGCUCCUAUAAAAUGCUCAUGUUGCCCAUUUGUGUGAUUUGCUUUGGCAUUGCGCUCAUCGAUACUGCCCUACUGCCUACGCUCGGCUACUUGGUGGACGUGCGCUAUGUAUCCGUUUACGGCAGCAUAUACGCCAUAGCCGAUAUUUCAUAUUCAAUUGCAUACGCAGUCGGUCCGAUUAUAGCGGGCGGCGUUGUGGAGGCAAUCGGCUUUACGGCGCUCAAUUUCAUCAUUGCCUUCUCCAAUUUGCUGUAUGUACCCGUGUUGCGUAAACUACGCAACAUCUACGAUUUUAAGCCGUUCGAGAAUGAAGCCAACAUACUGAUGCAAGAUCCACCGAACAAAGAGUAUCAGACAUAUGUGAUGCACGAUCAAAAGCCAGUCGAUGGCGAUUUUAAAAAUCAUCUCGAGUAUGGCCAACAAUAUCAGCAAGAACAAGAAUCGAAUGUGGAUGACAGUAAUUAUGAUUACCAACAACAAGGUGGAUACCAGCAGGCUGAUGGUGGAGGUUAUCAACAACAAAAUCAACAAGGCUAUCAGCAACAGUAUCAGCCUGGCUAUCAGGAGCAGGGUGGCAAUUAUCAGCAGGAAUCGCGACAUCUUCCACAACAACGCGUCGCAAAUCCCUUCCAACAUCAACAGCAGCAACAGGCGCAAAUGAGCGAUGGUGUCGGCAGUGGCGGAAGCAGAGGUCCGGCUGGUCCAGCGAAUCCAUUUAGACAAGGAUUUUAAAAUGUUGUCUUACACAAAAAUGGCGGUAAUCUACAUAUGUUUGUUUAUAUAUACAAAUAUUUGAACGCAUAGUUUAUGUAUUUCGUUGAUUUUCUAAUAAUGUGACAUUUUGUUGUUGUGGCUAAUAGGUGUAAAAUUACAAACACACAUACAUACCUACAUACAUAUAAGAUGAAAGAGUUGGAGAAAUUCAAAAAACAAAAAGUCAAUAGUUCUUAGAGCAAAAUGGCCUGUAAACUAUUUAUAACCGAUUAGCAAAUUGAUAUGUAUGUAUGUAGAUAUCAAUGAAUGAAUAGACGUGCUUACACACCGAAAAGCAGAGAAAUAUGCAUUCAUGUAAAAACUUUAGAUAAAAGAAUCUCAAAAGUAGUUAAAUAAAUAAUUUUCAAUGCAAGCAACAUAUGCAACUUUUGUAUUAUACACUGAAAAAAAAUUUACAAAAAUAUAGUAUAUGCAUAAUUCGCAUUUAUCGACUAGAUAUAUACACACACAUACAUUAUGCAUGAAAAUGCACGCCAGAUAGCAAUAUAUGUUAGUAAUAUGAACAUGUAAGAAUAUAAAUUAUGUAUGAAAGAAGCGCAUUAGUGCGGUUAUUGUGUGUAAAGCUUUGCAAUGUAUGAUGCAAAAAUUCUUAAGCACAAAUUAAUUUAUGCAAAUAAUUGGGAGUAGUGAUUGCUUCCUCUUGUCUUGUUUGUCGGAAAAACAAACUCUGAAAAGGACUUGUAAAAUAUAUUUUUUAUUCACUAACAGGCAAUUUAUUUUCACUGUAGACAUUGUAUGGCGUGAAUUAAUAUUUUUGACUAAUUUUUAAGCUGAUUUUUAAUUAAAAAUAAUAAUUUUUGAACUCCGAUUGACAAUAUGUGACUGAAGUUUAAGUUAAGAGUCUAUCAGUUUACUUAUAAAAAGGAAUUGGAAUGAUUUAUAUAUGUACUAAGAAAAGAGUUUAUUCACGUCCACUAAAUAUGUUUCUCUCAGUGUAGCCAGAUCGGUCAAUUUGGGCAUUCGCAUUAUUUCAUGACAUUUCAGUUUAAUUAAUGAUUAGCAUGCCCAUAUUGUACAGUCGACGGUUUUACCUUUAAAGGCAUAAAAGGAUAAAGCCUUAAAGAAACCUAACCUAACUUCACAUAUUGAAAGAUUUUCUUUUUCGAAUGCAGAAAUGUUCCGGAAAUCCCGUGUUAAUCCCGAAACCUCGAAAAUCCCUUACGGAAAUUAUAACUCAAACAAUCUUUGAAACUGCUGGUAAAACAACAAAAACAGUCUAGAAAAUUAGGCCAAAGUUUUUUUUUUUUAAAUACCGAAAACUAAAAAACGAACAAUCCCCAAAAGUCCCGAAAAAUCCCUACAAGUUUGGAGAAAGUGUUAAAAAGUAUCGAAAAAUAACGAAAAUCAGGUAGCUUUUAUUUUAUUCCUAAUCCCGAAAAGUAAUCCAUGAAAAAAAGUCCGAAGAAAAUAUUGACAGUUUCGUAAAGUCCAGAAAAUCAGGUAGCAAUUCAUUAUAUUAAUAAUUCAGAAAAGUCCCGAAGUACGAAUAGUCCCGAAAAAAAUCCAAAAGGCCGGAGAAAUGUUGAAAAUUUUCGAUAAAUCCCAAAAAUCACAGAGCAUUUUAUGUAUUAUAUUUUUAAUCCCGAAAAGUCUCGAAACGCGAUUAAUUUCGAAUAAGUCCCGUGGCGUACCGACAAAAAUGGAGCUAAGGCCUCGAGAAAUUGCCAACAAAAAUUUUGGAAAUCCAUUUGAGUUGACCUUUCGGUCGGGCCUUUAUGAGGGUUUGAAAACAUUGAUGGAUAAAUAAAUCGUAAAAAGUCGGCAAAAUUUUUGACUUGCAAUCUGACAUAUUAUUUAAGCUUAUUCAUAUAAAUAUAUAAACUCGCUGGUUAUAGCUAGGUCAAAGUGAAAACUUUGUUUUAAAACAAUUCAGUUUAUUUUCAACCGUAGCUACGACCCAAACAUUUUUUUUUUUAUUUUAAAAGUUUCGUGGAUGUCUCUAUUUUGUACGCAGGAAAAAAAUGGGUGCCUCAUGAUGUGCUUUGAGUACCACCCUAGUACAUAUGCAACAUUUUAACAAGCAAAUCUUCGUUUAAAGUACAAAACCGCGUAUCAACAAAAUGCAAAACCACGCAUGUAAGGUUGCAUAAAUUAUUUUCUAGAGAACAAAAAUAUUCGUAUUUCAAAAUGGUUCUCUUGUUUUAGAAAGCAAUCACUUUUCUGUCUAGUAUAUUUCGGAACGAAUAGAUGAGGCUUGAGCCCAGAGUUUGUGUGAGUAAAUCCAAUUUUUGGCAAAAAAAUGUCAGUUACGUGGUUUUGUACUUUAAACGACGAAAUAUUUUAUGAAUUUCACUCAAAUGGCUUUAAAUUUCAGUCACAUUUGCCUCUCUACAAACGGCUAAUUAGAAAUUAUAAACUUUUUGAAAUGCAUUUUUUAUCAAAAGUUAAUGUGUUGUAAAUUAAACGAUCGUGAAAAAGAAGCUAGCAAGACCAAAGAUUGUAUAGUAAUCAUACAUAGAAUAGAAGUCAGAAAGAUAUACCUACGUAAAACAAAGAUUAAAAAAUUAAAAAUUAGUACAUGUAAGUGAUGUAAGUGGGCGAUCUUCCAAUUCAGUGCCACCAUCCAUCCAACAACACUAUCCACGCGGCAUCAAUAUCGCUUACAUAUCAAAAAGUUGCACAAAAUCACUUCGGAUGUCGAUGUGCAGUGACGUUGGGGCACUGAAUUGGCAGUUGGCCUAGGGUUCUAGGUUUAAUAAAAAACAAAAAUCAAACAAAAAAAAACAAAAAACAAA